GAAACUGACUCUUGCUUCAGCCCGGCCGCACAGACUCGAUGCCGCGCGGUGCUACGGUGGCCCUCUUCGCCGGUCCAUCGAGGAGGCCUGCCGUGGUGCUCUCGGCGGUCUUUGAUUCCACGCAGGAAGAGCCCCGGGCGGUGCGCGCGGCGCGGAUUUGGCGGCGGCCUCAUGGCAUGAACGGUGAGCAGAGAUGAGUAUCCCUCAAAUCGCUUAUAGGUAUUUGGUUUGAAGAAUAAGCUAGUCUAUUAUAUUAUCACUUCUCAUUUGUUUGGUUUGUGGAAUGGAAUGAGUUAAUUCAUCACAACAUCACUCCUCAUAGUUAUUAGUUAUUACUAACAUAAGAAAUAAAAUUAUUCCACCAAAUUUAAGAAAUGUACUUAUGAUGAUGGAGCGACUCUCUUAGUUCUUUGCAGCUCUUUGGUUAUUGAGAAUUGGUAACAUCUUUUGGACGCGGGGAUGACUUUGCAGUUUGCAGCGGCACUCAAGGCCCCUACUUUUUCUCGAAUCCCAACUCAUUUCUUCCUCCUCUUCUGGAUUAUCAUCUGGGAGGCAAAGGGGUGACUUGUCGUAGAGCAUUUUAUGUCAAAGAUGCCCUGCUUUACCGACGGAGACAGAAAAUUAGUGAAGACAGAGAUAUACACCAUACAACCACCUUCGAUGGACGCGGGGGAUGACAUUGCUUGACAUGGACUGCGUGGCUGAGGCAAUCGGCAUACAGUACUUGCAGCCUGUACUACUAUACAUAGACAGUUCUGUUUUCCUCCAAAGUGCUUUAUCCUUAGACCAUUCUCUUCUGUCAUAUCCACUCCCGCUCCACUCCAUACUGAGCGUGCGUUCUUGAUCCAUACUGAGCUCUGCCGAGUGCUCGCUCCAAUGGCUGAACUUGCAGCCAGCCUGGUGGUUGCCCCACUGCUGUCCAUGUUGAAGGAGAAGGUGUCCAGCUCUCUCCUCAACCAGUACAACGUGAUGGAGGGCAUGGAGAAGCACCACAAGACCCUCAUGCGCUGGCUGCCUGCCAUCCAAGAAGUUAUCGCUGACGCCGAGAGGCAGACGUCUCGCCGCGGCGUGGAGAAAUGGCUCGAGCAGCUCAAGACGACAGCGUACGAGGCGAAUGAGGUCUUUGACGACUUCGAGUACGAGGCGCUCCGCCGUCGAGCCAAGAAAAAUGGGCACAUCGCCAAGCUUGCCAUUAUGGCAAGGGUAAAACUUUUCCCUACCCACAACCGUGUUGCAUUCCAUAUCAGGAUGAGCUACAGGCUUCGCAGGAUUGUUGACACCUUCAAGGACCUUGUGGAAGAAAUGAACACCUUUGGAUUCAACAAGCUUGAGCCCGAGGCAACAACGACAUGGAAGGAGUGGCGUGAGACAGAUUCUAUUAUCGUUGAUCCUGAAAAUAUUGUUGCCAGGUCUAGACAUGAUGAGAGGAAGAAAAUUGUUAACUUAUUGGUCAAUGGUCAUGUUACCGAUGGUGAUCUUAUGGUCGUUCCCAUUGUUGGAAUGGGAGGACUAGGCAAGACCACACUCGCUCAGCUCAUCUACAACGACCCUCAGGUCAAGGAGCACUUCCAUCUACUAAAGUGGGUAUGUGUGUCAGAUGAUUUCAAUCUCCGUAAUCUUUCCAACAAGAUAUGUAAUGUGUCAGAGACAAUCCUUGAGGAUGCCCUAAAGAAGCUACAGGAACAUCUUAAGGGAAAGAGGUACCUUCUUGUAUUGGAUGACGUCUGGAAUAGGGAUAUUGACAAGUGGAGAAAGCUGAAGGCAUGUCUUAUACAAGGUAUCGGUUGCGCCGUAUUAGUGACGACACGUGAAAAACAAAUAGCCCAGUUGAUGGGUACUGUAGUUGACAACUCAUGGACAAAUAAUUACCAUGAAGUGACAAUUUUGGGCAAGGAGUACAUACAAGAAAUUAUUGAAACAAGGGCAUUCAGUUUGCCGAAGAGCAAGUCAGAUUAUUUAGUUAAGUUGGCUGGUUUGAUUGCUGAGAGAUGUGUGGGGUCUCCAUUGGCAGCAAAAGCAAUAGGGUCUGUACUGCGUAACAAGACCACUAAUGAAGAAUGGGAGGAUGUGUUACAACGAAGCACCAUAUGCGACGAUGAGACUGGAAUUUUGCCUAUACUCAAGCUUAGUUAUAAUGACUUGCCAAUUGACAUGAAGCAAUGUUUUGCCUUUUGUGCUCUGUAUCCAAAGGAUUAUGAGAUUGGUAUGGACAACCUUAUCCAACUAUGGAUGGCCAAUGGUUUUAUCUCAGAUAGAAAAAAGGUACCCGCUGAAACCGUAGGUAGAUGGAUUGUCAAUGAGAUGGUCUCAAGGUCAUUUUUCCAGUAUGAGGAGCAAAGUAGGAUUGGGUACAUUUCUACAAGAUUUUUGAAGAUUCAUGACCUCAUGCAUGAUGUUGCACUGUCUGUUUCUGAAAAGGACUGUUUCUGUAUAACAGAUGAAUUCAUCACAAAUAGGGAGUUGCUUCCAAGUGCUGCCCGCCACAUACUUUUUCCAACAUCGAUAGAGGAAGAGGUACAUGGUUAUUUAUUUGCUUCUAUGAGGAAAAUGUCUCGACCUAUUCAAACAUUGAUGUUUGAUGGGCCUUGUGAAGAUGUCGUUGUACAACAUUUAUCAAGAUAUAAUUCUUUGCGAGUACUUUCUGUGGCACAGUCAUGGGGUCAUUUGCCAGUAAAACCAAGGCAUCAGUACCACCUUAGGUUCCUUGAUAUCACAGACAGUACCAUCAAAGAACUUCCAGAUGACAUUAGCAUCCUUUAUAAUCUUCAAACACUUAAUCUUUCUGGAUGCAGCAGUCUCAUUAGACUUCCUGAGCAAAUGAAGCACAUGAGUGCCCUUCGGCAUCUGUACACAGAUGGGUGCACGAGGUUGGAGUGCAUGCCUCCAGAGCUUGGACAAAUCACCUCGCUUCGAACAAUUACAUGGUUCGUAGUGGGAAGUGGCUUGAGUUGUAGUAGUCUUGCAGAGCUAAAGGAUUUAAAUAUUGGAGGUUCGUUAAUACUAAAGAAGCUCGAAAAUGUGCCAGGGAGAAGAAAUGCAAAAGCAGCCAGCCUUGAGAAUAAGAAGGAAUUGAGACAGCUGUCACUAGAAUGGACAAGUGGUAAGGAGGAGGAACAACAGUGUCAUGAGGUGCUAGAGAGCCUUGAAACUCAUGAUGGAUUGCUGGCCCUAGAAAUAUAUUACUACAAAGGCACCAGUUUUCCGUCUUGGUUGGGUAUGUUGAAAAACAUGGUCGAGCUUCGGUUGUCCAAUUGUAGGAAAGCAGAGCAGCUUCCACCACUGUGUCAGCUAGCAGAACUGCAACUCCUUCAUUUGAAAAGAUUGGGAAAUUUGCGGUUCUUGUGUAGCAGCUGUACAUCGUCUACAUUUGGAAAGCUUAAGGAUCUUAAGCUAGUUGGUCUUGACGUUUUUGAAGGAAUUUGUGAGGCAGUGGAUGGAGGUGCAGUAGCAUUUCCUCGGCUUGAGAAAUUGAACAUUAAGGGUUGUGGAAAUCUAGUAGCUCUACCAGAUGCAUCGGUGCUGGGAGAAGCAUAUUGCAGUGGAGAUUAUACAGUGGCCCGCUCAGCAUUUCCAGAACUGAAGAGGCUCAUAUUGGAAGAUUUGUGUAUCUUUGAGAGAUGGGAGGCUGCCCCUGAAAUUGAAGGACAUGCACUAUUUCCUGUGGUUGAGGUUGUUGUUAUCAGGAAAUGCCCAAAGUUAACAACUCUACCUUGGGCACCGAAGCUCAAAGAACUGGUCUUGCGUGAAUCAAAUGAACAAAUCUCUCUUGGAGGGAUCAAAUGUGUGACUUCAUUGUCCACUUUGUUUUUGGAGGGUGUCAAGCUGGAGGAUGGUAAGGAGAGAUGGGACCAGCCUCCGUCUGUGGUAAGUAUGCAACUAUGGAGCUGCAUUUUGUUCUUCCAACCACGUGCACUAGCACUGUGGUGGGUUUGCUUUGGGCAGCUGCAAGAUCUGGAAAUUACCGGAUGUGAUGAUCUUGUCUACUGGCCGGAGAAAGCAUUCCAAAGUUUGAUUUCUUUGCGGAGGCUACGGAUUGCCGGGUGCAAUAACCUAAUUGGAUACGCAACGGCGAAUGGUCCUGACCAGGCAACUUCAGGAAGGAGCCAGCUUUUGCCCCAUCUAGAGUCUCUGCUGAUUGAGGGGUGUCAAUGUCUAGCAGAGGUAUUCAAUUCCUCCCCUGUUCUCAAGAGGAUGGAUGUGAUAGGAUGUCCUAAGCUUGAGUCCCUAUACGGAAAGCAACAGUUGAAUGAAGAGGCCAGUAGUAGCGAUGCCGUGAUGGCAUCCGCACCUGUUGAGGAGAAGCUGUCACCAUCGGAUAAGCUCCUUCCAUCAUCUCUAGCAAUAUGGGACUGUCACGGGUUGUUGUCAUCUCUAGAAUCUCUAAGGAUAUGGGACUGUCACGGGUUGUCAGAGGUUGUCAAUCUUCCCUCGUCCCUCAGGAAAAUAGAUAUUCGAAAUUGCUCCAAACUACGAUUCAUGUCAGGGCAGCUGGAUGCACUGAAUAACUUACUAAUUGUCGACUGCCCGGAGUUGCGAUCACUAGAAACAUGCAUCGUAGAUCUCCCAUCACUGGAAAGCCUCGAUCUGCGUGGUUGCGAAAGCCUGGCAUCCUUGCCCUGCGCGCGGGCAGGACCACAGGAAUACUCAUCUCUUCGUCACCUUACAGUUGGGAAGUGCCCAAGUAGAAAAUCGCUGCCUUCAGUUCUGCACACUGUUUUUAAGGCGUCGCCUAGGCGACGCCUAGGCGUCCGGGCGGUGGUCUGACGCCUAGGCGCCUUGCCCGCCUACCUCGCCUAGGCGUCGCCUAGGCGCCGCCUAGGCGUCUAGGCGGUGGUCCAACGCCUUGGAGCGCCUUACCGCUUUAAAAACCAUGGUUCUGCAGCAGCGACUGGACAGUGACCGACCUCUUGUAUACUACACAUCUAGAUUUCUGUCGUCAUGAUGAAGGUAUGCACCAAUAUUUCUGUCCUGUGUGUGUAUGUAUGUGUGUAUGUAUGUAUGUGUGUAUGUGUGUGUGUGUGCGCGUGCGUGCGUGCGUGCGGCCGUGCGGGGGUGGGGGGUGGGUGUGCGCGUGCGUGGGUGUGUAUGUGUGCGCGCGCGCGCAUGCAUAAAUCUUGUAAUUCUCUCCAGCAUGCUUGUUAAUUCCCUAUGUUGGGCAUUCAACAGAGUUUUCAUAUAUGCAUGGACUGGACUGGACUGACUGACUGGCUAUCUGUUUUCCACGCCAUGAGUUGCAUUGUAGGAUAUACACGCUGUCGACAACUUUGGAAGCAAAGUUGGACUGAAUUAGUUUAUCUAUGAAGUUUUAUUGACAUUUAAUUGAUUGGUUCUUUUAAUUAAUUGACAGAUUGUGUAAACUUUUUUACCGAGAUUUAAUUGAUUGGUUCUUUUAAUUAGUUGACAGAUUGCUUUCCACAAGUGUCGCCUUCGCCAUGACAGUGACGAGAACCUCAUCUGCAGGGGCUCAGGCGAAUCCGAACAUCAUAGAAGAAAGAAGCGACACAUAACAACCGGACAGGGCCACAAGGAGGUCUCUCUCUGGGAUAACCACCCAAAUUACAACUCAAGAAGCAAACAUUAUUGAUCAAUACGGAUCACCUCGUCUGCUAGAUGUUUUUAUGGAAAGAAAGCAACGGCCAAGUUCUUGGAGAUGGAUGCCAAUGCUUCCGGUUUUGCUGUCGGAGCGAAUCAUGAGGAAGGAAGGAAACGCAUGGAUUGCUGUGGCAACUCGCUCGAGUACAGGGAUGAUCCGAGCCUUUAAUUUCCUCUUUACCCACAAAAUUAGUGCUGUGCUGUAGUGUACUACUAGUGGUUGGUGCGCGCUGGGCAGUCCAUGUGACUACAUUUUCGAAAUGGUUUCACGUAACAAAGAGAGAUUAAUUAGGGGCGGGUGUGUGUGUGUGUUAUCUAUAUCAUGCUAUGCUAACUA